AUGUCCGACUCACCAGACGGUCCCUCCAUAAGGGAAGAAGGGCGCCCUCAAUGUUCUCAGGACGAAGAAAACUCGCUGCCGUCCCAUGCGUCUACCGUAUUUCACACUCCGGAGAUCCUGAAGAUGAUCCUGCUAGACCUGGAUAUGCUCACAUUGCUGAUUUCACGUCGCGUGUGCCACACGUGGAACGAAAUGAUCAAGUCCUCGCUCAGAAUUCAACAGGCGUUAUUCUAUAUCCCACUUGAGAGCAAGCCACCAGACCAGCAAGCUAUGAAGAACCCGCUCGUGGUUGACAAGAUAUGGUUCGACUUUCUCAGAAAAGAACUUGACUCGCGGUUCAGAGUCUUCGUUCCUCUCUGUAGGGGAAAUUGCCAGAUUCCCCGCAUCGCGUCCGAAAAAAGGGAGAAGGCGUAUAUGCGUGCCGAGGCGAGUUGA